UACUUCGUCUGCCAUUCACGUGGGAUCACCGGCUGUUGUCUGCUAAUUAGUCUGUCUGCUAUUGUCAAUACAAUUUCAGGAGACGUUGAAAUUUGGGAUGAUGUCUUGUCCAAAUCUAAAUGCAUUAGUUUGGCAGCAUUUAUUUCGGAAUGCAAGAAGGCUACAGUCUGUAUGGAAAUCUGGGAGACCGAUAGUCCCAAAUGGCAAUUCGUUCAGUACUGAAGCAAAAGAGAUUGCAAUUCCUAAAUAUAUUCCUCGGGGUCCAACGGACAUAUUAGAGGCAUUGGCAACAACCGUGAAAAGAGAUCCUACCGCCCCCCACUACAAAUUCCAUGAUGAUCCUUACCUAAUUCCUGCAUCCAAUCAUGCUAAGCGUACUUAUGCACUUGCUCAAGAAGCGGGUAGGAAAGCAGCAAACUGGAUAAAACAGGAACAUGCUGAAUUAUUCCAACAUAGAAAUGCUGAACCAUUUAUACAAGCUUUUGCUCCAAUCGAAAAGCUUACAGAAUCUACACCAAUGACUGAAGACUUACUAAAAAAUUAUAUUCACACUUCUCAAGUUGCAAAUGCCAUCCAUGUCUAUGGAAAGCUAGAUUCCGCAGCCAUAAGUCGCGAAACUAGGCAAUCGUUUUUGGAGUUUGUUGCAUUUUAUAAUGAAGAUGAUCAGCUAAAUGAAGAUUUAAUUGAAGAGAGAUGGUUUAAAAGUGGGAUGAAAGGCAAGGACCAAAUAAGACAAACGUGGAAGAACAAUGGCUUAGCUGAGGCAGUUUUUAAUAGUAUGGAAAGAAAAACCGCCGAAGCUUAUUGUGCUUUAAUUUGUGGUAUGGCAAAGCAUGGAAAAGCUGUUGGUGCUUGGGAGUACUAUAACCAAAUGUUAGCUGAAGGUUUUGCGCCGAACUUGACAACCUAUAAUAGCAUAUUUAAAAUCGCGGGGAUUGUCAGGGAGGACGCAGAACAUCAAAUCAGAUUAAUUGACGAAACAUUGAGAAACAUGGUUCACGCUGGAAUAAAGCCAAAUGUGCGUACAUUGAAUUCCAUUUUGGAAUCGAUAUCUCGCAUACCUAUAUACCGAGUAGCCCGGGAAAAGUCCUUGCAAGUGCUGUCAGAUUUUAAGUCUAUCGGAGUGAAACCCUCUUUAGGCUCUUACUACUUUCUACUCAAAAUCUUCUGCCGAGAAAAGGGACCAAUUAACAACAUUCUCGUCGGCAUUGUUAACAGACUUGAAUUUGAAAUGCCACCGCUUCAGGAUCUACAUGAUGUCGCGUUUUUCGCUGAAGCUAUGAGGGUCUGUAAUUAUCAUCUAGAAGAUGUGCAAUUGGCGAAAAGACUCCACGACCUCCUUUGCUUACCUCAAAACCAAGCUUUCAUUGGAGAUUCGUACAAAGAAUCGAUUUACUAUCGCUGCUUCUUGUUGCUUCUUACCCGAGCUGAAGGCCCAGAUGCUUUAAUGGAGAUGUACCGGCAUCUCGUACCCAACAUCUAUACCCCAGAACAAAGCGUAUUCGAGGCUGUUGUCAAGUCAGUAGCUGAAUGUUCGGCUGUACAGUACGUACCCGAACUUUGGAGUGAUGCUGUUUACAUGGAUAUGGGUGAAAGAGAGUCAAUUCUAGAGGUUCUUUUAGAGGCUCUGGCAAGCGGUUCAGGACCUGACACCAAGGCCGUUUCAGACAAGGACGAUGUUGAUCCAGUAUUAGCCACCGCUAGAGCAAUCACUGUUCAUGUGGAUAAUUUCCUGAAGGUUGCUGAAGAAAAGCACAGACCGACUUCUUUACGGUGGACUGGCUCGAUGCUUGGAAAUCUGGCAAAACUAUUUCUACAAUAUGGCGACAUAGCUUCGGCUAAUGCAAUUAUGAUUAAAGUGAACACGUUAAAGAAUCAAUUGUCCUCAUUUUUCCCUGUGGCAACUUUAACCAAGUUUUAUGAAUCGUGCAUUGAACGCCAGGAUUCUACAAUGGCUUUGAUGGCGAUUGACUAUGCCAUCGAAAUGGGAUACGACGAGUCUUCUAGUAUGGCGAAACAAGCCCGUGAGCAACUAAAGCUCGAUGAACGACAACAACAGAAGCUUAACAGCAUUCUUGGUAGCACUUCCACGACACCGGAGGAAUCUUAGCGGGAAUUAAUGAUCCGAGUUGUUUGAGAAAUGGUCGAAGAAAUCACGCAAUUAAGGUCAGCCAGGGAAUUUUUUUUUACGACUUUCUCUCGUCAUUUAUGGUACUCUUAAAUCCCACAAUCAUCGUUCCUUGAUUGGAAAGACACCUCCUUCUCAAUGCAUAUUGCUAUUUGUUUUUAUAUAACACAGUGGAUAAAUCAUUUGCAUUGCGACAAGGAAGUCUCAUUCAAAGAGCUAAAUUGUGGAGACAAAAGCGCCUUUACUGGUAUUAGUGGUCGUCUUUAGUUAUUAGGAAGCGCUAGUUUUAAGUGGAAGUUCUUUUUAUCGACCCGCAUUCGAACACAGUAGACCAGACUGGAGUUUCGGCACGUACUGGAAACUUGCGUCAUCAAUGCAAAUCACUUAGUGACAUUUUUCACGGUGAUGACCUAUUCAUGAAUAGCUCUCAAGAAUCGUGCACAAGGGUUGAAAGGAACCGUAGUGACAAUGACGAAACUUUCCUAAACGUAUUGAAAUUCUUCAGGUGGUCACUGGGUAUAUGACGACGAGACCUAUAAGAGCUAAACACUCUAAUUACAACCGCCAAAUCUUUGGCAUUGUAAUGGUUUGUUCCAAUAGCCAAAGUUAAUUAGUUACUUGUCCGAAUGUGAGCAAUUAGUGGUAGGAUGAGUGGUCAAUCAGUUCAGUCUAUUAAAAGUCAGAACACUUCAGUAACGGUAAAGUCAAGAGCGUGAAAAUUUGAGAAAGAAGAAUUUUAAAAUGGUUUCAACAUUGACGUCGGAUAUGUAUUAAGUAAGACUCGCUCUCACAUUGAAUGAUUUCAAUAUUUCGUAUGUUGAAAGUCGGCA